AUUCGCAUUUCCGGAUCCACUUGCAGUUCCGCGUGUUUUAAUUGGCCCACGACAGUGGAUAGCUAGCUACGCCCGUUUCCCUUGUGGUCGUGAUUCUCACGAACGGUUUUCUAUGAUUGUCUUUGUGCCACUAAAGGAAAUGAUUCGGGCGUUGUUAUUUUUAAUAGUUAUUAGCCAAGCUUGGACACAAGAACGGUGCACAAAUCCGCCCGGAUGUAUCGCGACAUGUGAGUAUCUUUCUUGAUUAUUAGCUAUCCGUCUACACUAAUGUUCUGUAGUUGAUUUUUUUCUACCGUACGCUGACGGUGCUGGUGGUGAAUGUGAGGUGCAACAGCAUACAAUACAACUGGAGAAUACUAUUGUGUUUAAAACAACAUCAGUGUCUUCCAGAUCAGUGUCUGUUAGCCUUCAGUGGGAAGGGUUGAGUGGUGUAAGCUUCAAUAGUGACAAAAAACCCAAUGCUAGCAUCAGAAUAGUUUUUGAAUGCUACAAAAGUUACAUUCUCAGCCUACUUGCUGAUGGAUUUAGCCAAGUUCCAGAGAAUUUCAACCUUUCUGAAAUACAUUAUGGCACUGACGACAUUCAGACGACUACCAGUGUCUUUCAAGUGAUAGUGGUAACUGAUGUGGAGUCUGAAGAAGUGUACAUUCUAGUGCUCUACAAUAUCACUGAUGACAGCACUAUUAGUGGUCCACUUAACAUAACUAUAGAAACAAAAAACAUCCAGAAAGCCUAUGUCAAGCCCAUCACAGAUUGUCAAACAAAGUUUAUGUUCCGGAUUAGGAACAGAAUCGUUGCUGAAGGUGUUGACUGUGGUCCUCCAACUCCGCCAGAAAACGGUCAAGUGUAUUACACCACGACAACACUCGGUUCUCAGGCUUUUUAUUCAUGCAAUGGCGACAUGAUUGCUAACAGUGUGAAUCAUAUCCCUUUGGACAUGACAAAGACUUGUACUAAGGAGGAAGGAUGGUCUGGACCCAGCAUUUCUUGCCCAGACCCUGUCGAGGAUGACUGUGAAAUUGGCUACAUGCCCAGCACCAUGCACAUGGAGAACCGGACUUGUGAUUGUAAGGACGGGUCUGAAACAGAACCCAUCUGUGAAAAGAUAUGCCCUGAAAGCUGGCAAGAGCUGACAUGUAACCAAAGUGCACUGAUCCCAGCAUGUGUCAAUGAUGGCAGUGGAACAAAUAUCACAGAGCUUGUACAUUCAUCUUCCCUUGAUGGACAUCAUCGAUUCUUUGGUGAAGAAUUGAAUUCAAUACAUAUCUAUCACAAUGGCACUGUCAAAUUUAAUGACGGCUCCCUAUCAAUAGCAGUGUACUUGACUGAAUUCACAAACACUAAAGCAGCCUAUUUCUUGUACGAUUCAAGAGGUACUAAGUACCACUAUCAAAGGUAUCAGAAAGAAUAUGCAAAGUGUCUCCUCGAAGCUUCAUCAAUAUAUGAUUUCAACAUAAUAGACUUUCUUGUUGUAUCUUGGGUACAAUAUUCCUUAUGUGAAAAACAAUUGAACGUAACAUUUCAGCUUGCACUGGCUUCAAAUUCUACCACAACAUAUGCAUUUCUGCUAUAUAAUGGAACUAAGGAACCUGACAAUUAUUGUACACCAUCAGUUGUGACAGGAUUCAAAGCUGGAAGUGCUUACAUUCAGCUGUUGCCACUGUUUGGCAAUGUGGAAAGCUUGUGGACCACAAGCAAUACUGGAAUCAAUGGUGUCUUUAUAUACAACAUCACAGGGGAACCAUCUUCAGUGAAUCAUGAGAGUAGCAACUGUGGGUGUGAACCACCUGGAGAGCUUGACAAUGGAACGUAUGAGAUAACAAACUCAGCCCAGGGAUGUUGGGUUACCUACCAGUGCAACCCUGAGUUCCAGCUCGUUGGAAUGAACAUUGAGAGAAGGUGUAAUAAUGGCAAUUGGGAUGAACCACCCCCUUUUUGUCAAGAAAUACAGAAGCUUAUUCCCUACACUGAUGAUUACUUUGAUAUGAAGCUGAGAAAUGACUACAAUGUACAGCACAUGAUUGAACAAUUUCCACCCUUUGCAGGAAGAAUAUUUAUUUAUAGAAAUGGUAAAGUAUGCUUCGUAGAAAAAAUGUUGGUUGCAUCUUUGCUACCAAUAUUGACAAUGCUAAAGAAAUCUGGUAUUUUGUGAAUCCAAGCCAAAGACAGUUCUCUAAGAGGAGAGAGGACAUAAUGAACCUCCUCAGUACAGCUGGAGCUGAUGGAGUGGAUGAGUUUGAGCUCAAUAACAUGCUAGUCGUCACAUGGAAUAAUGUGACAAUGAUAGGCUGCAAUGAGACUAUUGCAUUUCAAAUAGCCCUGGUGUCCGACGGUAUUGAGAGAACAUACGUUCUGCUGAUACAAGACCAUGAAGAAAACUGUGAGGAGAGAGUUAAGUUUGGAACAAGUAAUAUUAUAGUGACAGAGGAAUCUGGUGACGAGAAUGUGAAUCCUUGUGUGGGAAAGUUUUGGGAUUACACCCUGUCGAGUAACUGCCUUCAGUAAGAAAAGAUGGACAAAUAACUUUCCAUAUGAACCUUUUUAUAGCAUUACUAUAUAGAAACAAAGGUCCACUCCAAAUUAUGUGUUUUACUUUUACAUAA